GCGGGGCGCGACGUCGGCCGUGCGGGGUCCCGGCGUCGGCGGCGCGCGCGCUCCCUCCUCUCAGAGAGAGGGCUGUGGUAAAAGCCGUCCGGAAAAUGGCCGCCGCCGCCGCUGCCGCGCCGAGCGGAGGAGGAGGAGGAGGCGAGGAGGAGAGACUGGAAGAAAAGUCAGAAGACCAGGAUCUCCAGGGCCUCAAGGACAAACCUCUGAAGUUCAAAAAGGUGAAGAAGGAUAAGAAAGAAGACAAAGAGGGCAAGCAUGAGCCCCUGCAGCCACCCGCCCACCACUCUGCUGAACCAGCAGAGGCAGGCAAAGCGGAGACCUCAGAAGGGUCAGGCACAGCCCCAGCCGUCCCGGAAGCUUCUGCCUCCCCUAAACAGCGGCGCUCCAUCAUUCGUGACCGGGGACCCAUGUAUGACGAUCCCACUCUGCCUGAAGGCUGGACCCGAAAGCUGAAGCAAAGGAAAUCUGGCCGCUCCGCUGGGAAGUAUGAUGUGUAUUUGAUCAAUCCCCAGGGAAAAGCCUUUCGCUCUAAGGUGGAGUUGAUUGCGUACUUCGAAAAGGUAGGCGACACCUCCCUGGACCCUAAUGAUUUUGACUUCACGGUAACUGGGAGAGGGAGCCCCUCCCGGCGAGAGCAGAAACCACCUAAGAAGCCCAAAUCUCCCAAAGCUCCAGGAACUGGCAGAGGUCGGGGACGCCCCAAAGGGAGCGGCACUGCGAGACCCAAGGCAGCAGCAUCAGAGGGUGUGCAGGUGAAAAGGGUCCUGGAGAAAAGUCCCGGGAAGCUUCUGGUCAAGAUGCCUUUUCAAGCUUCGCCGGGGAGCAAGGCCGAAGGGGGUGGGGCCACCACGUCAGCCCAGGUCAUGGUUAUCAAACGCCCCGGCAGGAAGCGAAAAGCCGAGGCCGACCCCCAGGCCAUCCCCAAGAAGCGGGGCCGAAAGCCAGGUAGUGUGGUGGCGGCCGCCGCCGCGGAGGCCAAAAAGAAAGCAGUGAAGGAGUCUUCUAUCCGGUCCGUGCAGGAGACCGUGCUCCCCAUCAAGAAGCGCAAGACCCGGGAGACCGUCAGCAUCGAGGUGAAGGAGGUGGUGAAGCCCCUGCUGGUGUCCACCCUCGGCGAGAAGAGCGGAAAGGGACUGAAGACCUGCAAAAGCCCCGGGCGGAAAAGCAAGGAGAGCAGCCCCAAGGGGCGCGGUGGCAGCGCCUCCUCACCCCCCAAGAAGGAGCACCACCACCACCACCACCACUCGGAGCCCCCGAAGGCGCCUGCGCCGCUGCUUCCGCCCCCGCCCCCGCCCCCACCCGAGCCCCAGAGCUCCGAGGACCCCGCCAGCCCCCCUGAGCCCCAGGACUUGAGCAGCGGCGUCUGCAAAGAGGAGAAGAUGCCGAGAGGAGGCUCGCUGGAGAGCGACGGCUGCCCCAAGGAGCCAGCUAAGACUCAGCCCGCGGUCGCGACCGCUGCCACGGCCGCAGAAAAGUACAAACACCGAGGGGAGGGAGAGCGCAAAGACAUUGUCUCGUCCUCCAUGCCGAGGCCAAACAGAGAGGAGCCUGUGGACAGCCGGACGCCCGUGACCGAGAGAGUUAGCUGACUUUACACAGAGCGGAUUGCAAAGCAAACCAACAAGAAUAAAGGCAGCUGUUGUCUCUUCUCCUUAUGGGUAGGGCUCUGACAAAGCUUCCCGAUUAACUGAAAUAAAAAAUAUUUUUUUUUCUUUCAGUAAACUUAGAGUUUCGUGGCUUCAGGGUGGGAGUAGUUGGAGCAUUGGGAUGUUUUUCUUACCGACAAGCACAGUCAGGUUGAAGACCUAACCAGGGCCAGAAGUAGCUUUGCACUUUUCUAAACUAGGCUCCUUCAACAAGGCUUGCUGCAGAUACUACUGACCAGACAAGCUGUUGACCAGGCUUCUUAGGGUGUGCCUACACCUCCCCUCCCACCCGGACCUCCCCCCUGUGUGGUCAUUAGGGACAGAGAGUGCUUGAGAGGACACGCCCGUUUUUCGGUGCCGGUGCCGUUGGUGCCCCAGUCUGCCCUCUCCUCUCCCCCUCCCCUGCCCCACCCCUAUACCCCAGUUCCCCACCCACAUUGGGACAAGGAGGUGUGAGGCAGGAGAGACAGUUGGAUUCUUUAGAGAAAAAGACAGAGAUGGCCAGUGGCUACAGCCUGUGUGAUCUCACCCAUGGUGGCACAAAUCUGGCCCCACGCCAGCCCCAAUCCAAAACCGACUAGGACAUUUCACAGAACAGGGAAGUAAGCACCUGUUCGCUCCAGUUCCGGCAUGGCUAGGAGGGAGUCAGUCCUUGAGCUGCUGGGUGUAGAUUGGCCUGAGCCGCAGGAGAGAGGACGGCCGGGGGGGGGCCGUCCUCCAGUGGGUGGCGCUAGACAGAGGCCGUGGAAGCCGCAGGACAGGGCGCGGGCAGGCUGGCCCCGGCUCCUCCGGGUGGCAGAGAGCAGUGGGGCCGAUGGAAUUCCUAGUCGCUCAGAGCAGUCUGUGACUGGUAGACAGAGGCCUAGUGGACAGGUUGGGGGGCCAGGGGAAAGGAGGGGAAAAUGUUCUUCCAAAACUUUCCAAUUCUACUCCUUUAGGGACAGCUUAGAACUAUUUGCACUAUUGAGUCUUCAUGUUCCCACUUCAAAACAAACAUGCUCUGAGAGCAAACUGGCUUGAACUGGUGACACUUUGUCCCUCAAGCCACCAGACGUGACGGUGUUUAGAACUACCUGGAUCUGUAUAUACCUGCGCUUGUUUUAAAGUGGGCUCAGCACAUAGGGUUCCCACGAAGCUCCGAAACUCUAAGUGUUUGCUGCAAUUUUAUAAGGACUUCCUGAUUGGUUUCUUUUCUGUCCUUCCAUUUCUGCCUUCUCUCAUUCACCCUUUCAUUUCUUCCCUCCUUGUUCAUCCCUUCUGCGCCAGGUACCCACAGUCUCCAACUUUACCUGAGUUGAUGCUGGUCAGCUCAGUCCCCCAGAUCUCACCCUGCCCUUGGCCUUCCCACUGCCAGCCCCAGCCCCA